CUUUGUGAAUUGGAUUUUUAUGCACAACGAUAUCAAAAAACUAUAGCAAAUCUUGCUAUUUCUGAAUCAGAUAAUACAGAAAAUAUAGAUCAUGAAAAUUUUUUUCUUUCUGAUAAUAAAGAUACUGAUAUUAAUAAUAAGAUAAAUGAGAGAAAUAAUGAAGAUACAAAUUUUAUUAAUAAUAUACGUAUACAAUCAAUAACUUCUAUUAAUGAAUGGAGAAAUAUAAUAGCAAAUUGGGCAGAAAUGAUUGAAAGUGAAUUGCAAGAUCAAGAUAUUGAAAUAACAGAUUUAAUUGAUACUUAUGAUAUUUCGGUUGAUAAUAUUGAACAAUUGCAACAUCCUGCAAUUGAUUUACAAGCAAAAUGGCAAUUAAAAGAUAUUUUUGUAGAAAGUUUAGAAUUACCAAAUUAUUAUAGGUAA